AUGCCUGAGCACGCAUACGAAUCUGUUGGCGAUGGGAACAUUGGCGUGGAAGCCGAGGUAAUUCCCCCGCGCUCAGCCGACAACGACAGCGUCGGCUACGAGACCUCAAUUCCGAUCCACCCGCAGAUCCUGGCACCACUGAGCUACCUGCUGGGCCUGCUCAGCGGCAUCGUCAUUGUGAUUCUGGAGAAGCGCAACACCUACGUGCGCCUGCACGCCUGGCAGUCCAUCAUCCUGUCAUUGCUCGUCACUCUGGGCUCCUUGCUGCUGUUCUGGAUUCCGCCCGUCGCCGGCUUCAUCCACCUGGCGGGCUUUUUCGCUGCCGUCCUGUGCAUGUUCCGUGCCUGGAAGGACACCGACACCCUGACCUUCUUUAAGCUGGGUCCGAUUGGCGACUUUGCCGAGCGCCAGGUCCUGGGCUCCACUGUGCUGCCGUUCUAGAAAGAGAAUAUGUCGGUCUGUUAGCUAUGUUUUAGUCCGUUUUUCUUUCUUUGUUGUGUUGAAGCGUUCUAUUUCUCUCUCUAUAUGCCGCCAUACAUUCGGAUCUCAUGCCUGUGUUUUAUUACUUCGCAGCAGCAAUUUGGCAUAGCCGGCUAUUGCUCAGCCGCCUGCAUAUAUAGGGCAUCCAUAGAGUUUUAUGCAAACGCAGCUGAAGACCGAUUCAAAUGACACCAAUAUUGGUGGAAGCCAUGCCAAGGGCUGACCGGCACGGAGUAGCGCACUUUAGCAUCGCUGAUUUCAUUUAUGC